AUGGCGAACCCGACGGCGGAAUGGGAGAAGGUUGGCGAUAAAUUCUACCGCAAAAUCCAACUUUACACGGCCGUGUUCGACCAGGAUCUGGAGCUUGAGAAUUACAUCGUCACGGGAUGUUCAUAUGGAGGUGCUAUUGCAUUAUACAGAGACGAGUCCAAGCUUCAUUCGUUUCGAGGCACACAAGCCUCCAAAUCCAGCAUCGACCUUUACAGUUGCGCCGGGAAACUGAUCCGGCGCAUCAACUGGGAUAAAGGUUCCAUCAAGGGACUUGGUUGGUCAGAAGAUGAGAAGCUCAUAGUAGUAACUGCCGAUGGUACGGUUAGAUGUUACUAUGACUUGCAAGGAGACUUCACACAGUUUUCACUUGGAAACGGUGCAGAUGAAUAUGGCGUCGAAUCUUGCCGAUUUUAUGGACAUGGAUUUGUAGCGCUUCUUUCAAACAACCAUUUGAUAUCCGUGUCAAGAUACGAGGAACCACGUCCUAAGCUUUUAGUCACGCCUCCUGAAGGCAAUGUCCAUUCGUGGACGCUCAUUCCUCCAGCACAUACGCUAUCACGAUCAGUAGAAGUGUUGUUGAGUAUUGGUCAAACAAUGUAUGUGGUUGAUGCUACUGAAUCAGAAGAUCGAAUGCUAGACAUUGGACCUUUCGCCCACAUUAGUGUUUCUCCCAACGGAAACUUCAUUGCCUUAUAUACAGAAAGUGGAAGGGCAUAUGUCAUUAAAAGUGACUUCCAAAAUAGACUGAGUGAGCAUGACUCGAGAUCAAAAAUACCACCAAAAGAUGUACAAUGGUGUGGGAAUGAUGCAGUGGUCAUUGCGUGGGAAGAUGAAGUCCACAUCAUUGGACCGAAUGAUGCCGCUGCGAAAUAUUUAUACGAUGGUCGAGUUCAUCUAAUUGCGGAUCAUGAUGGUGUUCGCCUUAUAACGAACGAUGUUUGCGAAUUCUUGCAAAAAGUCCCAGAGGUGACUGACGAGGUCUUUCGAUUUGGCACGGAGUCUCCAGCAUCGAUUUUGCUCGAUGCGGUGGAGCAGCUCGAACAGCAGUCCCCAAAAGCCGACGACAACAUUCAGUUAAUACGGCCAAAUCUAAUAGAAGCAGUCGGCACAUGUGUCAAAGCUGCUGGUCACGAGUUUAGCAUCCACUGGCAGAAGCAGCUACUGAAAGCAGCUUCUUUUGGCAAGUCAGUCCUUGAUAUCUAUAACAGCGAUGACUUCGUCGAUAUGUGCGAAACACUGCGAGUUCUCAACGCAGUACGAUUCUAUGAAAUUGGGAUACCACUAUCCUACGAACAGUUCCUCCGCCUCACCCCUGAGAAUCUCGUAAAACGACUUAUAAAUCGCCGCGAGUAUCUUUUAGCACUUCGUAUCUCAACAUACCUCCGCCUCCCAACAGACCGCAUCUACGUCCACUGGGCAUCUCAAAAAGUACGCGUAGGCUCUGAGGACGAAGACACAAUAUGUCGUCUAAUAGUAGAUAAACUUGCAGGCAAGCGUGGCAUCUCAUUCGAAGAGAUCGCCCGAGCAGCGUACGACGAAGGACGAGGUCGUCUCGCCACCGAGCUCCUGAAUCACGAGCCACGAGCAGGGAAGCAGGUACCUCUUCUUCUAAACAUGGAAGAAGACGAAAUCGCCCUGGACAAAGCAAUCCAGAGUGGAGAUUCCGACCUCAUCCUCUUCGUCCUCCUCCAACUAAAAAAAAAAACUGCCUCUCGCAUCCUUCUUUCCCGUCCAAUCGCAACAGCGCUCGUCGAAUCAUCAGCUCAAACCGACGACGGCGAGUUACUAAAAGAUCUCUACUACCAAGAUGACCGUCGCGUCGACGGCACGAACGUCUUUGUUCGAGAAGCACUGAAGCAACCAGACUCCCGCGCAGCGAUCGACAAGCUCGCGCUCGCCGCAAAGUUACUCUCGGAUUCCAAAGAGACCGCCUUCGAGCUAAAAGCCCUGCAAGAAGCCAGCGCCCUCCUCAAAAUGCAAGAAGCGUUCGACAGGGACCUAACGGAAACCUUCACAGGCCUCAGCGUCAACGAGACGAUGUUCAAGCUCAUCAAACUCGGGUACCAGAGCCGAGCAAAGAAAAUCCAAAGCGAAUUUAAAGUCCCCGAGAAAAUAGCUUGGUGGAUCCGCCUCCGCGCCCUGGUAUCCAAACGCGACUGGGCGGAACUCGAGUCCCUCUCGUCGACGCGCAAAUCGCCCAUUGGUUGGGAGCCCUUCUUCAACCUCAUCCUAGCAGCAGGCAACCCGAAGCUCGCGUCGGUAUUUAUACCGAAAGCAGCCGGGGGACUGCAGAGUGUUGUGGUGAUUGAGAUGUGGGAGAAGUGCGGGAUGAGGGUUAAGGCUGCGGAGGAGGCGGUUAAAGCGAGGGAUGUGGCGGCUGUGGAUCGGUUGAGGGAGGCUGCUGGGCAGGGCACUGUGGAGGGGAGGGAAAUUGAGAGGUUAGGGGCAGGGUUGAAACGUUGA